GGGAAACCAGGCGCCGCCGGAACUGCCCGCGGCCUAGUCCCGACGCGCGUGAGCUCGUUAGCGGGAGCCGGGGACAGCGGCGGCGGCGGCGGCGGCGGUCUGGCCCGCGGGGACCUGACGGGGCCGCUGCCAUGGGGGAGUGACGCGCCUGCGCCCGCUGUUCCGCGGCCGCGGCGAGACAUGAGGAGACCCCGCGGCGGGGGCAGCGGCGGCGGCUCCUGAGCCCCGGCAUGGAGGAGAAAUACGGUGGGGACGUGCUGGCCGGCCCCGGCGGCGGCGGCGGCGGCCUCGGGCCGGUGGACGUGCCCAGCGCUCGAUUAAUGAAAUAUAUUGUGUUACUGUGUUUCAGUAAAUUUUUGAAGGCCGUGGGACUUUUUGAAUCAUAUGAUCUCCUAAAAGUAGUUCACAUUGUUCAGUUCAUUUUUAUAUUAAAACUGGGGACUGCAUUUUUUAUGGUUUUGUUUCAAAAGCCAUUUUCUUCUGGGAAAAAUAUAACCAAACACCAGUGGAUCAAAAUAUUUAAACACGCAGUUUCUGGAUGUAUCAUUUCACUCUUGUGGUUUUUUGGCCUCACUCUUUGUGGACCACUAAGGACUUUGCUGCUAUUUGAACACAGUGAUAUUGUUGUCAUCUCACUACUCAGUGUUUUGUUCACUAGUUCUGGAGGAGGACCAGCAAAGACAAGGGGGGCUGCUUUUUUCAUUAUUGCUGUGAUCUGCCUAUUGCUUUUCGACAAUGAUGAUCUCAUGGCUAAAAUGGCUGAACACCCUGAAGGACAUCAUGACAGUGCUCUAACUCACAUGCUUUACACAGCCAUUGCCUUCUUAGGUGUGGCAGACCACAAGGGUGGAGUAUUGUUGCUAGUACUGGCUUUGUGUUGUAAAGUUGGUUUUCAUACAGCUUCCAGAAAACUCUCUAUAGAUGUUGGUGGAGCCAAACGUCUUCAAGCUUUAUCCCAUGUUGUUUCUGUGCUUCUCUUGUGCCCGUGGGUCAUUGUUCUUUCUGUGACAACUGAGAGUAAAGUUGAGUCUUGGUUUUCUCUCAUUAUGCCUUUUACAACGGUUAUCUUUUUUGUCAUGAUCCUGGAUUUCUAUGUCGAUUCCAUUUGUUCAGUCAAAAUGGAAGUUUCCAAAUGUGCCCGUUAUGGAUCCUUCCCCAUUUUUAUUAGUGCUCUACUUUUUGGAAAUUUUUGGACACAUCCAAUAACAGACCAGCUUCGGGCCAUGAACAAAGCAACACAUCAGGAGAGCACUGAACAUGUCCUGUCUGGAGGAGUGGUAGUGAGCGCUAUAUUCUUCAUUUUGUCUGCCAACAUCUUAUCAUCUCCUUCUAAGAGAGGACAGAAAGGUACCCUAAUUGGAUACUCUCCUGAAGGAACACCUCUUUAUAACUUCAUGGGUGAUGCUUUUCAACAUAGCUCGCAGUCGAUUCCUAGGUUUAUUAAGGAAUCACUAAAACAAAUCCUUGAGGAGAAUGACUCUAGGCAGAUCUUUUACUUCUUGUGCUUGAAUCUGCUUUUUACCUUUGUGGAAUUAUUCUAUGGCGUGUUGACCAAUAGUCUGGGUCUGAUCUCAGAUGGAUUUCACAUGCUCUUCGACUGCUCUGCCUUGGUCAUGGGACUUUUUGCGGCCCUGAUGAGUAGGUGGAAAGCAACUCGGAUUUUCUCUUAUGGGUAUGGCCGAAUAGAAAUUCUCUCUGGAUUUAUUAAUGGACUUUUUCUAAUGGUAAUAGCAUUUUUUGUGUUUAUGGAGUCAGUGGCUAGAUUAAUUGAUCCUCCAGAAUUAGACACACACAUGUUAACACCAGUCUCAGUUGGAGGGCUGAUAGUAAACCUUAUUGGUAUCUGUGCCUUUAGCCAUGCCCACAACCAUACCCAUGGAGCUUCUCAAGGAAGCUGUCACUCGUCUGAUCACAGCCAUUCACACCAUAUGCAUGGACACAGUGACCAUGGGCACGGUCACAGCCACGGAUCUGCAGGCAGAGGCAUGAAUGCUAACAUGAGGGGUGUAUUUCUACAUGUUUUGGCAGACACACUUGGCAGUAUUGGUGUGAUUGUAUCCACAGUUCUUAUAGAGCAGUUUGGAUGGUUCAUUGCUGAUCCACUCUGUUCUCUUUUUAUUGCCAUAUUAAUAUUUCUCAGUGUGGUUCCACUGAUUAAAGAUGCCUGUCAAGUUCUGCUUCUGAGACUGCCGCCAGAAUACGAAAGAGAACUACAUAGUGCUUUAGAAAAGAUACAGAAAAUUGAAGGAUUAAUUUCAUACCGAGACCCUCAUUUUUGGCGUCAUUCUGCCAGUGUUGUGGCAGGAACAAUUCAUAUACAGGUGACAUCCGAUGUGCUGGAACAAAGAGUAGUACAGCAGGUUACAGGAAUACUUAAAGAUGCUGGAGUAAACAAUUUAACAAUUCAAGUGGAAAAAGAGGCGUACUUUCAGCAUAUGUCUGGCCUGAGUACUGGAUUUCAUGAUGUUCUGGCUAUGACAAAACAAAUGGAGUCCAUGAAAUGCUACAGAGAUGGUACUUACAUCAUGUGAGGGAACUCGAGAAUCACAGCUGGAGUAUGAAACAGUGAAGAUUAAAGGACUCAGUGUUUAUAAUAUUGCCAGAAGGAAGAAAAUAAUUGUACAGAAACUUUUUGCCAUAUUUAAAAAAAAUUUUAAAGCUCCUUACUAUUGGAUCAAGGAAUCUUUCUUAAAGGACCUUUAAAUACAGAAUGAAGCAUUAAUUGUACAAGUAAAAUAAUUAUUUGAAUUAUAACAGAAAUCUUGAAAUUUGAGUGAACACAAUGUAGCGCAUCAUCUUUGAAAAUGAGCAUAUCAUGAUGGAUUCUAGUGAAGACCCAAAUUACUUCUGUGUGUUUACUUUCUGUCAGAAAGCAUCUCCAAUGUAAAUAAUGUAUUUACAUGUUUAUUACAAAGACCCAAAAGAAAAAUUUUUAGUCAAUUUUUUGCAUAGCCCUAGGAUAAAAUGGGAAUAAAAGUUCUAUAUUUAUGGAUUUUCUGUAUAUAAAACUGGUUUCUAAUUAUAAUUUAAAUCCAUUAAGUAAAAGCUGUAUUACCACUUUAAAUGUAAACUAAAUUAUUUGGGAGAAACUUCAACCACUGAAAUGAGACAAACAGUGAGAAUAGGGAAGUAUAACAUUACAGUGUUUGAUGUAUUACAAAAACCAACCACUCUGUAAAAUAAAUUUUUUUACUUUUGGUAAUA